AAAAUACCCAUCGAAAUGGAGGACGAGAAGCCUAUUGAUAGGAAGAGCAGAGUGACUGCAAUGCGGAAAACCAUAAACUUUGAUCGUCACUCCACGAUGCGCAUGUCGGGAUUUUUGCGUGAUACUGGGUCCCUUAACUUUCCCAACCUAGGCAAUUCAAUGCAACUCACGCAAUUCAAAACAAGGAGCUCGAAUGAAAGAUUUGAGAUACAGGAGAGAACGAAGGUGCGACGCGGCGAUGAUGCCGAUGUUAUGAGUCGAUUUCCCAGCUACACAAAGUUUAAAGUCAAUUAUUCUUAUGCUUGCCAUCAACGCUACUCAAAGGCCUGUAGGGACUAUGAGGCACAAUUUCAGCGGGAGAUCGCUAACCUGAUUGAUUUUCAGUGCUCUGCCGUGGAGAUGGUCAGCCUGAUUAGGAACAUGACGUACUGCACUCUUUGGCCACCGAUGCAUAACCAUGCCGAGCUGAAUUACACGGAUGCCAAUUUCUUUCAGCUCACAAAAAAGGAGAAGACGUGCUAUGACAAGAUAAUGUCUACGGGAAUACAAUGAAUCUGUUCAGAUUAUGCUGCAAUAAAAUAUAUUUAUUUGGUUUUGUUU